UGCUGACAGCGUCAAUCUUGUGAAGUAGAGCUUAAAUCUAUACAAACUGUUUGAGGCCUCUCUUUUUUUAAAUUUUGCAUACAAAAAGGAUCUCUAUUUGAAAUAAUUCUAGCCUUGUGUUGAUGCCAGUGAACUGGUACCAAGGUUCUGAACCUUGGCUGCUACGGCUUAUAUCAUUUUUAAACCAUUUUUGUGGGGUGUGUCUUUUAGCAUAGUCGGCCGCCAUAAUCGUAAAUGACACAAUCAUUUGUCUACGAAAAUAUUUAACGAAGUGAAGAUAAGAUGCAACACAACCAAGAGCGUCGUAUUUUAAAGUACUACUUGGAUAACCUUUGGAGAGAUAAAACGUUCAGACUUCUGAAGAAUAUUGGCUUUGUCGAUAUUUUAGCAGACCGUGCUUUGGGUGCCAAUGCCAAUUUCGACACAUUUUUGGCCGAAAUCGAUAGGGCGGCGAAGGAUCAAAAAUAUCGACGCAAUUCGAUUGAAUACGAAACCGUUUUGGAGUUGAAGGACGAUUGGGCUAGAGAAAUUGUGACUAUCCGGCCGUGUAUCGAUUGUUACGAACUGUGGACGACGCAUGAAACUAACAAGGACUACUUCACUUCAGCAUGCGCCACCCCACAUCUGCUGGUCCACACCAGAGACCGUUGGUCUACGAAUAGCGACGAUCCACGAAUGUGGCCAGCCAAAGUUAUUUCAGUUUACAAUUGCGCCAACAACAUGGUGAUCAUUGACUUCUUUGGCGAUCAUUUGAGAGCGGAAUAUCCAUUUGAGGAGUGCUUCCUGUAUUCGAGCGCAGAGGAAUGCGCUCAGAAAGAGGCGAAUGCCCAGCAUGCAUUUGAUCCAACGAUUAAAAAGCAAAACGAAUAUACGCGUAGCUUUGAGGAAGUUGAGAAAUAUAUCCGAAACAUGAAGCAAAAGUUCGGGUUCGUUCCAGCUGCCACGAAAGUAGCGAUAACCGAUAUCCGCCAACAUCUGAUCGAUAUGUUUCCGAGUGCUUUCAAACAAAGCCCAGCAGACAUCUUCGAGCGACAAACAAAAACAACUACUGCAGAAGCCAACAAUACUGUGGAAGAAUUGCAUGCUGGACAAGCAACAAUCCAUUGUGACAAUAGAUUUGUGCAUCGUAUGGUCUCACCACCAUUAGCGCAAUGUUACGUUUCUCGUGCUUCAUUAGCCUGCGAGUCGGAUGAAACAAGCACGAACUUGGACGAAAAUUUUGUUGAUCAAAAUCGGAUAGAACGGACUCCAAUCGAUAUCAAAACUGAAAUCGCCGAAAAUGUUCCCCAAUGCAGUGUCGACGCGAACAACGUAUCUCCGUCGGGUACAACUGAUGGAGGUGAUUUAAUCAAAGAUGAAAUACUCAAUAGACCCGUGAUCGACAUUGCGGCAGGAUAUAAUGAAAAUGGAAAACGAACUGCCGAUACAAUGAUAGAUCUUGUAGUCAACACCGCAGGUGAUGAUGACAAUGGGAGUGGAGCAAUUCCAACAUCACAAGAAAAUGUGAAUGAAUGGGUCACUAUGAACAGAGGAAAUUUCGAUGCGUUGCUUGACGAAUUCGCCGAAGUUAAGGCUAAGAUUUGGAAGAACGAAGAACAUCAGAAAAAGCUGGAGACUGAACUGAUAAGACUGAAGCAAGAGGAGGAAAACGUCAAAGCAAUGAUUUGCAAUUUGACGAAAUGAAAAGUUCCUACACCAUUUUGGCCCGAUCUGAUGUACUGAAUUAAGAUUUUUUUAAAACUUUUUUUUGUCUAUCCACCUGAGUGGAAACGACUUUUAUUUGUGAGGAAAGGGAUUGAAAUGUUAAAUUUAGAAAUAUAUGAACUCACCGACAUUGAUCUACAAAACAGAUGUAUCUCGAAGCUUAAUUUGUUAUCGCAACAAGUACUUACUUAAGGAAAUAAAUAUUUUGCUGUUGAAAUAUUUCGUGGCUCUUGAUUAAAUGA